AUGGCUAAGGUGAAGAACAAGUCGCAAGCCAAUGCGGACUACCAAAAUGCGGUGGCUCAGCAUCAGACUGCUGCUGUCAUGGAACACACCUCCAUGAAUGAUGUUUUUGUCAUUCGACUCGGCAAUUUCCCUGCUAGCGAGAAGAUCAACGUCGACAUCACUUUCGUGGGAGAGUUGAAACAAGACUCCCAGACAGACGGUAUUCGCUACACACUACCGAGUACCAUCGCUCCUCGCUAUGGACAAGCGAUCUACGAUCAACCCCAAUUAUCUUCAUUAUCUUCAUUCGGCCUACCAGGUAACCUCCAAGGGAUGUCCAUCACCGUUGAUGUUCAGAUGGAGAAGGGGCUGGUGCUCCGAGAACUGGAAUCCCCAAGCCACCGGGUCAAGGUCUCUCUCGGACGUGUGUCUUCUACACUAGCAACAUCCACUGCCUUUGAACCAUCGCAAGCAUCUGCCUCUGUGGUUUCCCAGCAGAACAAUGCAUCUGUGGUGCUGGAACAAGACUUUGUUGUUCUUAUCAAAGCGGAUGGGCUUGAUACACCCUGCGCAUUGCUUGAAAGACACCCCACUAUUCCUAACCAGCGAGCCCUGAUGGCUACCCUCGUGCCAAAAUUCAGCCUCCGACCGGCUACUCCCGAGGUGGUCUUUGUCAUUGACAGAAGUGGAAGUAUGGAGCCCAAAAUCCCAACCUUGAAAUCUGCACUCCGAGUUUUCCUGAAGUCACUGCCUGUCGGUAUCUGCUUCAAUAUCUGCUCUUUUGGGAGUGUUUAUUCCUUCAUGUGGCCAACGAGCCAGGUGUACGAUGCAUCUAGCCUGAAUCAGGCUUUGGCUUUCGUUGACACCAUCGAGGCGCGUAUGGGUGGCACGGAGAUGGAACGAGCAGUCGUCGCCACAGUGCAAAAUCGACUCAAUUUCAAAGAUCUGGAUGUCUUGAUUCUCACUGAUGGAGAGAUCUUCCACCAGGACCAUUUGUUCGACUUCGUCCGCGAAAAGGCUGCUGACAAUACCGCUCGGUUCUUCUCCCUUGGCAUUGGUAAAGCAGCAUCUCACUCUUUGAUCGAAGGAAUUGCAAGAGCUGGCAAUGGAUUCUGCCAAUCCGUUACCGAGUAUGAAGAACUCGAUCGCAAGGUCGUCCGCAUGCUGAAGGGCGCCCUGACCCCCCAUGUCCAUGACUACAAGCUCGAAAUUGAAUACGACACCGAGACGGAGCAGGAGUUUGAUUUUGUGAGCGAGACUGAGAGUCUCGACUCUGAGACGGAGGUGAAAUACAAGGAGGGAGAUAGAGAUGUUCCCAUGGAAGGAACAACACGCAACUCAGCGCAGCCGAUCUCAUUGUACGACGAGAACUUCCAGGAACCUAACACGGAUGUUGAUGCCGAAAAGAGAGCGGCUGAAAAGCUUCCCACUCUCACCCCUCCAAGAGCAAUCCAAGCUCCCUACAGCAUCCCACCGUUGUACCCAUUCAUCAGGAGAAAUGUCUUUCUCCUUACGGACCCGCACGCGUCCGAGAAAAUUCCCAAGUCCCUGAAGUUCAGUGCUACUUCCAACGACGGUCCACUGGAGCAGCGAAUUCCAAUCUGUGACAUCGGGACUGGCAAAACAAUCCAUCAACUGGCUUCGCGCAAGGCCGUGAUCGAGCUCGAAGAGGGACACGGCUGGCUCUCCCAUGCCAAGGAUGAGAAUGGAAACAAGUUCAAGCAGUUCCACACUGAAACAAAGCAGCGACUUGCAGAGCGUGAAUGCCAGAACCUGGGAAUCAAGUUCCAAGUUACUGGAAAAUACUGCUCGUUCGUGGCCUUGGAAGAGUGCAGCUCUUCAUCUUCGGAACAACAGGAUGAACAACAUACCCCGAUGGAACAUGCUGUAGAGCGGAUUUCUCCUAUUCAACAGUCUGCUAGGCCCUUGAGUGCUCCUAGGUUCUUGAGUGCUGCAACCUCUGUUAGGUUCUCAGAUGCACCACGCGUACGCACUGGUGGUGUACGUCGUAGCCCGCAGUAUUACCAGAUCCCGGCGAUGAGAAUGCACGAGCUCAUUCAGCUGCAAACCUUCGAAGGCAGCUGGAAGUGGUCGAACGAACUCUUCGAGCUUUUGGAGUGUAACAUGAGCGCAACAAUCAAGAAAUUGGCCACACUGUACGACAGUGCCAAUCGAGACAUAGAGAAUGGGUUUCCGCAUGGCGACGAGGCAACGGUUCUCGCGACUCUGCUCGCAAUGGGAUGGCUGCUAAAGAAGCACAUGGGUUCGAGGGGUGUUUGGGAACUCGUGCACGCGAAAGCUUCCGAGUGGGUUCGACUCGAGUUGAAGAAGAUGCAGAACCAGGGUGCACCUGGUGCCAUCAUUGCGUCAAUCCGGGAUGAGAUUGUUCAUAUGAUCUAA